UGCUGAGCAGCCCUGCGCUGGUCUCGCGCCCGUCGCCCCCCCUUCACCAUGACAACGACAGAUUUCUAGCAUCGUCAGAGGACACGCCGCUGGCUCCUGAUUUAGAGACGGAUAUUAUGUAAAAUACCGUAUGUUAUAGGUGUAUUACGGAUAUUUAUUUCAUGUAGGACGGUAACAUCUGCCGUGUGGACCCGCAUGAGUCGGACACCAUCCGGAGGCAGCGGAGGAAGACGCCGUUAAACUGCGUGAACGACAACAUGGCUCUCCUUCAGCAUCCCCGGCUGCUGCUCGCCUGUGUUGUGCUGUUGACCGCAGCCCAACGUACCCACACUCGCUCUUUGCCAAUAUCGGAUCUAAAAUCCAAGAUAUCAGGGGUGGAGGAGCUGUUGGAGGAAUUCCGCAAGCAGCUCCAGCAGGACCAGACGUACAGGGCGGGCGAUGCGGUUGACUCCUGUGUGGGCGACUUCAACGCCGUCGGGGAGCGCAUCAUCCGGGCCAAGGCCUCCAUCGAGCAAGGGGCCACCUUCCUGCUGGCCCCGGACAGGGUGUACACCUGGAAGGACUGCCUGCACACCUGCUGCUCCCAGCCUCACUGCACCGUGGCGGUGGUGCAGCAGGACCUGAGGCAGCCCGGGGACAGUCUCAGCUGCUACCUGUUCAACUGCACCUACAGGAGUAAAAAUGUCUGCUCCUUCGCUCCGCAGCAAGGCUUCACCACAUACAGCAUACAUGGUGCCAACACGACGCAGGGACACCUCCCUGUUUCACCCAGCGGCUCAGCCAGGAGGCCCGGGGAGGGACAUGCUGAGGAGGAGGACACACAAGACGUGGAUGAGCCUCCUCGCAGUGACGCUGGACAGGAUGUGGUGAUCCAGCUGCCCACAGACUGGGCUGUCCUGGAUGGACGGGAUAGUGUGGAUGACCAUGGGAUCAGCCACUAUGAGUGGACUCUGGUCAAAGGAAACACAGCCAUCAAUAUGAAGGCGACUCAUCCAGGGCUGCUGAAGAUCAGUGGUCUCCAGGAGGGAGUCUACUCCUUCCAGAUGACCGUCACAGACACAGCAGGCCAGAAGAGCUCUGACAACGUCUCUGUCACUGUGCUGGCGCCGAAACACCAAGCAGAAGUGUGUACAGGUGUCUGCUCAAAGUACCAGUUCAAGUGUGAUGACGGUUGCUGUAUUGACAUCACCUACGCCUGUGAUGGGAAGCAACACUGUUCUGACCGCUCUGAUGAAGACUUCUGCCAAAUCUUUGACAGCAGCAGGAAGUCAGUGACUCACAGCGCUGAUCUGUCAAACUCUCAUCGGCCUGUAGCCCAGACAGAGGAGGCAGAGGAUGGCACCAUGAUCCACACUGCGCCCAGAAAGACCGUUCAGAACAUCGUGCCACCUCAGGACAGGAGCAAGGCCGCUUCUCCACAAAGUCCCAGUCAGCAGGAGGCUUCAGUCAGUCAAGAUCCAUGUGCUGCAGCUCCAGUUGUCGGACCCUGUAAAGGCACCUUCCCACGCUGGUACUACGACCAAAAUGCUGGAGAAUGCAAACACUUCCUGUAUGGCGGUUGCCAGGGCAACCAUAACAACUUCCUCCAGGAAUCUGACUGUGUCAGUGAAUGUAUACAAAAAAGUCCAGCUUUCAAACCAGCAACUGUGGCUCCUCCCGUCACCAAACAGACUGAGAUAGCUGCCCCUAAAGUCUCCCAGAGCCAAGCAGAGAGCAACGCCCCCAUCUCCAAACCAUUUCCUGUAAGAGGAGGGCAUCCAGGACCAGAGUCAGGUGCGAUCCUUCCUCUUGCUCUCGGCAUAAUCAUCACCGCUCUGCUGCUGCUCAUGAUUGGCUGUCGUCUCAGACUGGUUCGACACAAGCUGAAGAAAGCUCGUCCCCUCACCACAGAAGAGUCAGAUUACCUCAUCAACGGCAUGUACCUGUAGCCAAUCAGCCAGGGUGGGGCAGCAAAUUCAAGAGCGCUGAGAUCUGAGAAAGAGCAACACGGGUGUUGACGCCAGAGCCUGAGCCAGGACUUUUUGAAUUUGUACUCUUGAUUUGUCCUGACUUCAAGUUGGAAACAUCCCAUCUCUCUGCUGUCAUUGACAUUUCUGAACAUGCCCAUACUGAACCCCUCUGACUGGUGAAUCCACUGCUGAAAGAUGCUGCCUUCAAAGCCACUGACACUCAUAUUCAGAUGCUUGUGAAUUCAGAUUUACGUUGUUUUAAGAUUAUCUGAUUGUGAAUCCACGACGGUGGAGUCGACAUUCCUGGUUCGAUACUGAUAAACAGCUGUAUACAUUCCCCCCACAUGACUUCUGGGAUACAUACACUACAAGAGACUCUUUUGUCCUCUAAUUAAUAUUAUUCCUUAAACACAGGUUACUUUGAUAUCAUUUAAGUUUUGCCAGUGAUGUAUUUUCCCGACUGCUGCACAAAAACAUGUUGUAUUUCUGCCACUAGGUGGCAUGUUUGUGCUGUACAUUUCAAUUAAAUAAAGGGCGGAAAUGUAACACAUCAGUGCACCUGUCAUGGUGCACUUUUAUGACUGAUUAGGAAUCAACAACAAAUUACCAGUAUUCAUAGUUUCUCAGAAGCAUAUAAAGCCAUAGCGAAAUCUAUUGCCCCAAAUCUAUUACUGUCUAAAUUUUGUUGCAUAUUUUUCCUUAUGAAGCAAACUUAUGUGGAGUAUCUAUUAUAUUUGCGCACAUGUAUUCCCUUAAAGUGCUGUCUUUCAUGUGAGAUAUUAAAGUUUAUUAUAUAUCAAAAUAUACUGGUGCAGUCUGUUGAUAGUUGAAGUGAUUAACAAGAAAUGCAAACUACCUUUUUACAUAUCUUUAUCACAUAAAUUACCACUGAAGAUAGUGAGGUCAUUAGUUGUUUGUUGUCAAUGUUGUAGGGGGUUAAAUUAUAGGUUUUGUUUUAUUCAAAGCUGAUUGUCAUAUGUCCGUCUUAAAUUUUCAACAGGUCAGAGGCCCUACCAUGGAUCAGACUUGGUUCUGGGGUACCAGUACGCCCACAAAUGCUUGAUUAUAUUGGGAUCUGGGGAAUUUGGAGGUCAGGUUGACACCUUGAACUCACAUUCCUCUGGCUAUUCCUGAACAGCUGUUUUAGUGUGGCAGGGUGCAUUGUCCUGCUGGGGGGCCACUGCCAUCAGGGAAUGCUGUUGCCAUGAGGGGCAACCCUAAACACUGUUGGGGCAUCCACAGGAAUGUCAGGACCCAAGGUUUCCCAGCAGAACACUGCAUCGUAACAACAUUAUCACUUUUAUCCUUUUCAUCUAUUAGUGGUUUGAAUGUUGUGUCUGCUACUGUAGGUGUGUAUCUAACAAUGGGCUGCAGCCUGCACACAAAAGAUUCAACAACAAAAGGCAGACAAAAACAUAAGCAUCUCUUUAUUUUCAUGUGCCAUUCCAGAAACUGUGAAAGCCAAGUAUCUUCCAUCACUCCAAAAUAAAAUGUACUUUUUGAUUUCAAGAAAACAGACAUUCAUUUGCUUUAUAUUGUUGGAGUUUAUUUUGGCAAAGCAGUGACUAUCUCACUUAGCAUCAGUCACUAGAAGAGCCUGCGCGAAUUGUUAAUGGAAAAAAAAAGAGUGGCAGAAAGCAACACAUCACCAGGUGUAAAAAGCACAGCCCUGCAUGUGCACGUGUGUCGGUGUUAUUAGUGCUUGGCUCUCUUUGGAGUAUGCUCAGUAUGAUCCAAUGCGCUGCUUAUUCUAUGUGUAGAAUGAUGUAAGAGUGCUGCACAUCGAACGGGAUGUGGGGGUAACAUCAGCCAGUGUGUUGCCUGCGUGUGUGUGUGUGUGUGUGUGUGUUCCUAACACUGCUGGCAGGGGGGGGAAAAGCUCAUGUUAGCAGAGAAGUCUACAGUUAGAUGAUCCACACACACACACGCUGUAGCUAGGUGAAUAAUCUAAAAACUGUCAGGCUUUCCUCGUCAUUGUCCGGCAUUCCUCUUACAUUCAGCUUGGAUGGUGCUGAAAUGUAACACUGUAAAAAUGGCUGAUUGCAAUUCAUAUGGUAAAACCACAAAAAAAACCUAAAAUCCAGCAGUUUAAAAUACACAACCAAAAGAUGCAGGCCUGGAAAGAAAAACGAAACCACCCUCUCCGAUAUUUCUGUGCUGAGCUUGAAGCAGUCUCUCUUCCCUGCCCCUCUGGGCUGUCAUCAAUGUGAUACUCUAGUCCAUCGUUAGACUUUAACAAAAAAAAAAAAAA